CGCCGCCGGCGCUGUCGGAGAAGGGCAAGGAGCGCAAGACGGGCAGCAAGGAGGAGGAGGAGCUGGCGCGCCUGUACGAGGGCUUUGAGUUCGAGCAGCUGUGGCGCAAGCUCAGCGAUGCGCUCGACCGCCUGCGCGGCGACAGCGGCGCGGCGAUGAUCCUGCUGCCGCUCAUUGAGGUGAGUAGAGCACAAAGAGGCCGUAGGCGGCCGGCGGCGUGGGCUGGUGCUGGCUGCUGGCUGUACACCUUGUGUCUCUUUCUCUCUGCAGCGGCUCACCAGGCUGCCCGCAGAGCUUGAUGGUAGUGUCGAAGCACGUCGCGACCUCGGAGACUGCUGCGUCGAUAGAGGCCCGCCAGGCCAGCGCAUCAUUACGCGGCUCCGUGUCGCCGUCCCUCGAGCGCGCUGCGCCGCUGUCGCGCACCAAGCGCGAGGUGCUCAACGACAACUUCUUCACCUUCACCGAGCGGCACCGCAAGAUCCUCAACGUCAUGGUGCGCUCGAACCCGGCGCUCAUGUCCGGCUCCUUCUCGCUGCUCGUGCACAACCCCAAGGUGCUCGACUUUGACAACAAACGCAACUACUUCUCACAGCAGCUGCAGCGCGGGCGCCGCGAGCACAUGACGCCGCUGUCGCUGAGCGUGCGGCGCCAGUACGUGUUCGACGACUCGUUCUUCUUCUUCCGGCGCCACUCGGGCCAGGAGAUCAAGCACGGCAAGCUCAACGUGCGCUUCUACAACGAGGAGGGCAUCGACGCCGGCGGCGUCACGCGCGAGUGGUUCCAGGUGCUGGCGCGCGCCAUGUUCAACCCGGACUACGCGCUCUUUGCGCCGUGUGCCGCCGACCGCACGACGUACCAGCCGAACCGCAUGAGCUCGAUCAAUCCCGACCACCUGGCCUUCUUCAAGUUCGUCGGCCGCGUCAUCGGCAAGGCCAUCUACGACGGGCGGUUGCUCGACGCGUACUUUACGCGCUCGUUCUACAAGCACAUCCUCGGGCGGCCCGUCGACACGCGCGACCUCGAGGCGGUGGACCCAGAGUACUUCAAGUCGCUCGACUGGAUGCUCGAGAACGACAUCACCGACGUGCUCGACCUCAACUUCUCCGUCGACGCCGACGAGUUUGGCGAGACAAAACAGAUCGAGCUCAAGGAGGACGGCAUCAACAUUCCCGUCACCGAGGCCAACAAGCAGGAGUACGUGCGGCUCGUCACGGAGCAGCGCCUGACGCUCUCGAUUCGCAAGCAGAUCGAUGCGUUCCUCGAGGGCUUCAACGAGAUCAUCCCGCCAGACCUGAUCCGCAUCUUCAGCGAGCAGGAGCUCGAGCUGCUGAUCUCGGGCCUGCCGGACAUCGACGUGGACGCGUGGAAGAACAACACGGAGCUGCACGGCUACACGACGUCCGACGCAGUGAUCCAGUGGUGGUGGCGCGCCGUGCGCAGCUUCGACCAGACGGAGAAGGCCAAGCUGCUGCAGUUCAUCACCGGCACGAGCAAGGUGCCGCUCGAGGGCUUCGGGCAUCUGCAGGGCGUGCAGGGCACGCAGCGCUUUAACAUCCACCGGGCGUACGGCGCCGACCGCCUGCCGGCUGCCCACACAUGCUUCAACCAGCUCGACCUGCCGCAGUAUGACUCGUACGAGCGCCUGCGCUCGCAGCUGCUCGUCGCGAUGAAUGAGGGCGGCGAAGGCUUCGGCUUCGCCUGAGAGGGACACGGAGUGUGCGCGGCCUCGCGGCCCGGCAGCGCUCUCAAUCAAAUCACGUCACAGCAGAUGAGCAGGCAAGGGCAUCA